CCACACUGUUCCACACGUGCAAUUUUUACGAAAUAUGCGCAAUCUGAAGCUGCAAUAUUGCAAGGAGCUGGAUGCCGUGGCUCAGCCCCGGCAACUGCUCCUGCAGCCUGAGUUAAACGGUGAUGCCUCGGAUAUAUAUUUCGUGGUGGCCGACAGCAAAAUCUACGCUGUACGAGAGUCGUUAGACGCGCGACCAACAGUCAUCGCCGAUUUGCCGGACAUUGUAGGAGUGGAGUUUCUGCAGCUGGAUAAUGCAAUAUGCGUGGCCAGUGGUGCAGGUGAAGUGCUCCUGAUUAAUCCUGAGUCGGGAGAUACCAGCGAGGGAACAUACUGCGACGUGGGUAUUGAGCGCAUGUCCUGGUCACCCAACCAGGAAGUGGUGGCCUUUGUUACCCGCACCCGCAACGUGGUACUGAUGACCAGCACGUUUGACGUUAUCGUCGAGCAGACAUUAGACGCGGAUCUAGCCCCCGAUCAGGAGUUCGUUAACGUGGGAUGGGGUAAAAAAGAGACGCAGUUCCACGGAUCGGAAGGAAAACAGGCUGCCAAGCAGACUGGAAGUGAUACUACUAUCGGCGAGGACUGGAAAGAGCUUAACCAAGAUAUUAAUAUUUCAUGGCGCGGCGAUGGAGCUUUCUUUGUGAUCUCUUAUGUGUCUGCACAGCUGGGUCGUCGUACGUUCAAGGUUUACGACUUAGAAGGAAAACUCCAUCACACAGCCGAGAAGAGUGACAAUCUAAAGGAGGUAGUGGUCUGGCGACCUUCGGGCAAUUGGAUUGCCCUACCGCAAAGGUUCCCCAACAAAUCUACCAUUGCUCUUUUCGAAAAGAAUGGCUUAAGGCAUCGGGAGUUAGUGCUUCCCUUUGAUAUUCAAGAAGAACCAGUCGUGCAGCUGCGAUGGAGCGAGGACUCGGACAUACUGGCGAUUAGGACAGCCACCAAGGAGGAGCAGAGGGUAUACCUCUAUACAAUAGGAAAUUAUCAUUGGUACUUAAAGCAGGUGUUGAUUUUUGACCAAGCCGAUCCGUUGGCCCUGCUCCACUGGGACACACGCAUUGGAGCCGAAUACACGCUACACAUUCUCAAGGAAAGCGGUAAACACUUUGCCUACCGAUGGGCCUUUGCCGUGGAUCGAUACGAGCGUAGUGGUGUCGUCGGGGUCAUCGAUGGCAAGCGGCUACUUCUCACAGAUUUCGCUAAGGCUGUGGUGCCACCCCCAAUGUCCCAGCGCGUACUGCAAUUGGACAACUAUAUAAACGCAUUCACCUGGUACGAGACCAGUUUGUGUGUGUACACAUGCGAUCGCAGGCUGUAUUCUUACGACCCCAUGCAGCAGUUAAACGGGACGGAACCACAGGCUAGCCUUCUUAUGCCGGAUGAAGAGCUUUCCCGUUUGCCAUUAGCCAAUCUCACUUAUUUUUCCUGCGAUUACCUUCUGGCUACGCACAGCUCAGGAGGAUCCACGCGUCUUCUGCUGCUGAACAAGGAGGCUGAUGAGGAUGAAACCAAUGAGCAAGGAGAGCUCUGUUAUCGAGUACAGAGCUCCGUGCGGAUUAGCGGGCUGGUAAAUGCUGUAACCAUUGGAGCAAAUGCCAUGGAUGAAUUUUAUGUGCAAACAGUGAAUAAUGGGCACACCUACGAGGUGUCUCUUAAGACGGACAACACCCUUAAGGUGGAGCGAACUCAUGUGCAGUUGUCUCAGGCGGCAGAUCAGAUUGAGUGGUUUACCAUCACUAGCGAUUCCACAGGAGGUCUUAUCACCCUUCGCAAUCAGCAACUGCUUCAUUUGGACGGCCACCGCAUUGCCGAGGACGUCACUUCCUUCUGCGUAGUGGGAAAUUAUUUGGCCUACACACAGUUGAAUGCUUUGCAUUUUGUUCGACUCAAGGAUCGUCGCCAGGUGUCUAGCAGAAACAUUGAACGCGGCGGCAAGCUGGUAACAGCAGUGGCAAGUCAGGCACGUGUCGUUUUGCAACUACCUCGCGGUAACUUAGAGGCCAUUUGUCCGCGUGUACUUGUUCUAGAAUUGGUGGGUGCUCUGCUCGGAAGGAAGCAAUAUCAGGCGGCAAUGCAAAUGUUGCGCAAGCAGCGCAUUAACCUAAACAUAAUUUGCGACCACAAUAUGGAGCAGUUCGUAGCCUCUGUGGACGUCUUCCUGCGUGAGAUUAAGGAUAGUCAGUGGCUCUGCCUGUUCUUAAGUGAGUUACAGAACGAGGACUUUGCUAAGGGCAUGUACUCCAGCAACUAUGAUGUUGCCAAACAAACAUAUCCUUCAGACUACAAAGUGGAGCAGAAGGUGGAAUACGUAUGCCAGCUGCUGGUAGAACGCAUGGAUCAUGUGGAGCGCUUCCGUUUGCCUAUGAUCACGGCAUAUGUGAAGUUAGGUCGUUUAGAACAGGCUCUCCAGCUAAUUUGGCGUGAGAAACAGAAAGAUGCGGCUCUGGCAGAUCAGCUUUUGAAAUAUUUGCUCUACUUGGUGGACGUCAACGAUCUUUAUAAUGUAGCCUUAGGCACAUACGACUUUGGACUAGUCCUAUUCGUGGCGCAAAAGUCUCAGAAGGACCCCAAGGAGUUCCUUCCCUAUCUUAAUGAACUAAAAGCUUUGCCAACGGACUAUUGCAAAUUCCGUAUCGAUGAUCAUCUUAAAAAGUAUGACUCGGCUCUUUCACAUCUUGCUGCUUGUGGAGAGGAACAUUACGAGGAGGCUCUGAAUUUUAUCCGAAAGCAUGGUCUGUACACAACUGGCUUGGUGUGCUAUCGGGAACACGUUGAGUUCCAAAAGAGCAUCUACGUGGCCUAUGCUGAUCACCUUAGGGCUAAUAGUAAGCUAGAUAACGCUAGUCUCAUGUACGAGCGUGGCGGUGAGUUGCAGCAGGCACUACUUAGCGCCAAGCACACUCUAGAUUGGCAACGCGUCCUGGUGCUGGCCAAAAAGCUUGGCGAGCCCCUAGAUCAGGUGGCUCGGUCGUUGGUGGGACCGCUGCAACAGCAGGGCCGGCACAUGGAAGCUUAUGAGCUUGUAAAGGAGCACAGCAAGGAUCGAGACCGACAGCUGGAAGUGUUGCUAGAGGGUCACCUUUACCUCAGAGCUAUUUACGAUGCGGGUCUAGAGGAGGGAGAUGAUUUAAAAAAUAAAAUUGCCCCCGCCUUGCUGUCCUAUGGUGAUCAGUUACAAAACUCACUAAACGCUGACCUGCAGCUCUUCCUAGUGUACAAGCAGCGUCUGUUGGACAUUCGGCAAAGACAAGCCAAAUAUGGUGAAGGGGACAACGAUGCGGAUGUGGACCUGGAGGAGGUGGACUUAAUGUCGGACACCACUAGUAUGCACUCAUCGCGAUACAGCGGCACCUCGCGAGGCACCGGCAAGACAUUCCGCUCAAGCAAAAAUCGACGCAAGCACGAACGCAAGCUGCUCAGCCUAAAGCCGGGCAACCCCUUCGAAGACAUUGCGCUUAUUGAUGCGCUGCACAACCACGUCACGAAGAUAGUCCAGCAGCAACAGCCUGUGCGUGACACAUGCAAAGCGUUGCUGUACCUCGGCAGUGCGGGUGAUGCGGAUCCCCUGGCGUCCGCACUGCAGCGUGAAUUUAAGGCAUUGCUGCAAACGGUGGAGAGGGCGCUGGACGAGAUCUGGACGCCAGAGCUGGUCGGCAACGGAUCGAUGGCACAGCACCUCACGGGACCCAAUGUUGACUAUCAAGCGCUGCAGAAGGAGCAGCGCUAUGCCUUAAUAAGUCCUCUGAAGCGCUUUAAGCCCCAACUGAAUCUGAUAGACUGGCAGUACGAGAUCCUCCCAUAUUCCGUAUCGGAGCUCUAUCAAUCGAAAUGUUACCGUUUGUGGCAAUAAAUGUAACAUUGAAAUGCUAA